AGCCCAGAGGCGCGGGGGGCGGGCGCGGGGGCGCGGCCGGAGCGUGCGGGGCGGGGCCCGCGGGGCCGGGGGGGCCCGAGCGCGCCUGGCGCCCGGGCGGCUCCCACGCUGAGCCGCCGCCUGGCCGGCUGGUGCCUGCGGCGGCUGCCGGGGCGGCCCGGGCGCGCGGCGCUUCGCCAUGUACACCUUCGUGGUGCGCGAUGAGAACAGUAGCGUCUACGCCGAGGUCUCCCGGCUGCUGCUCGCCACCGGCCACUGGAAGAGGCUGCGGCGGGACAACCCCAGGUUCAACCUGAUGCUGGGAGAAAGGAACCGGCUGCCCUUCGGGAGACUGGGUCAUGAGCCUGGGCUGAUGCAGUUGGUGAAUUACUACAGGGGGGCUGACAAACUGUGUCGCAAAGCUUCUUUAGUGAAGCUCAUCAAGACCAGCCCAGAACUGGCUGAGUCCUGCACAUGGUUCCCUGAGUCCUAUGUGAUUUAUCCAACGAACCUCAAGACCCCAGUUGCUCCAGCUCAGAAUGGAAUCCACCCGCCGAUGCAUAGCUCAAGGACAGAUGAGAGAGAAUUUUUCCUGGCUUCUUAUAACAGCAAGAAAGAAGAUGGAGAGGGCAACGUUUGGAUUGCAAAGUCAUCAGCCGGAGCCAAAGGUGAAGGCAUCCUCAUCUCCUCGGACGCUGCGGAGCUGCUGGAUUUCAUAGACAACCAGGGCCAGGUGCACGUGAUCCAGAAAUACCUUGAGCGCCCGCUGCUUCUGGAGCCAGGUCAUCGCAAGUUUGACAUCCGAAGCUGGGUCUUGGUGGAUCAUCAGUAUAAUAUCUACCUCUAUAGAGAGGGUGUGCUUCGGACUGCUUCGGAACCGUAUCAUGUUGAUAAUUUCCAAGAUAAAACCUGCCAUUUGACCAAUCACUGCAUUCAAAAGGAGUACUCAAAGAACUACGGGAAGUAUGAAGAAGGAAACGAAAUGUUCUUUGAGGAGUUCAAUCGGUACCUAACAAGUGCUUUGAACAUCACCCUGGAAAGUAGUAUCUUACUACAAAUCAAACAUAUCAUAAGGAGCUGCCUCAUGAGCGUGGAGCCCGCCAUCAGCACCAGGCACCUCCCUUACCAGAGCUUCCAGCUCUUUGGCUUCGACUUCAUGGUGGACGAGGAGCUGAAGGUCUGGCUCAUCGAAGUCAACGGCGCCCCUGCCUGUGCUCAGAAGCUGUAUGCAGAGCUGUGCCAGGGCAUCGUGGACGUAGCCAUCGCCAGUGUCUUCCCGCCCCCCGGCUCAGAGCAGCAGCCGCCCCUGCCGGCCGCCUUCAUCAAGCUGUGACCAGGCGAGGUGCUCAGAACUGCCUUGGAAGGAGCAUGAGGGGGCCCUGGCCCAGGGGAAGGGGAAGUGUCCGAAUUGCUUGUCAUCAAGCCAGACAGGAGGGGGAGAGGCAACUUGAAGAGACUUGAUGGGAGAAGAAAAGGCAGUUUCCCCAAGGAGUGGUUGGUUGCCCAGGGGUUUCCAGGUGGCGCUCUCGGCACUGCUACUGAGAUUCGAAAACUGCAGCAGAUUCCUCCGACGGGAGAGCAAAAUAUUCUUCUAAGGGGCAAAAACAGGGAUGUGCUUAUUUUAUGUUCUCAUCCUUUGAAAAACCUGAUUUCUAUCCCAAGGCAGCGCUGUGAGCAGUGCCUCUCCCGCCGGGGGUGGUAGCCAUCAGAUCUGGUUGGUGUCUGUCCACCUGCUGCAUUAGUGCCUUAGCUCUGUGCCCAGCUGCAGCCUCCUGUCCAGGGCGGGGACGGGAUGUGAGAGCACGUGGGAGGUUGCGGAUGUGUCCCCCAGUCAUCCCUGUCCACGGCCCUCCGCCCCACAGGCGUCUGGACAAGUGCACCCCGACUGUCCCCGGUGCCCAGCUGUGGGGGUGCCGCCUUGCCGCCAGGGGGCUCCAUCACCCAGUCCUGAUGGCAUCUGGUCGGUCACUGGCCAGGGUCGGCGUGCGCUGGGCACCAAACAGCAAACGCCGCUCUCAGUCUGCUCUCUGCAUGUUUUAGAAACCAAGCAGCAAGUUUGCCACAAAUCCGUAAGCAUCCAAUAAGCAUGAGAGAGGAAAAAACACGAUGUCUUGCUUUACCUAAUAGAUGGGUGUGGGGGGGUCUUUGAAAUAUGACUCUCAGUUCUCUUUGUCUUAACCAGAAUUCUACAUGCCCUUUGACCAAGUUCCCUUUUGUUCAGUUUUUUGGGGGAUUUAACUUUUGUAAAAACCCCUCUGGGGGUCAGGAGAGGGUAGAAUUCCACUCCCCUCCACCCCAGGGGCCUCCUCCCCAUUUGGUUUUUCUUGCUCUAUCAAGCACGUUCCGUGGGAGCUGGACGGGCAGGUUUUGUUCCAGGGAAGAUUCUCGGUCUGCUUGUGCCUCUCAGUGUCAGGGAGAGGCUCUGAGUCAGUGUGUGUCUCGCCAGAAUGGGAAAGAUGUGGUUUCAGAGCCACACGUGGCACCUCCUAAGUCAGCAGAUGUUAACGGUAUCCUGUUAGAUACAGUUUCUUCUCACAGGAUCAACGAAUAUUCUGCAGACUUUCCAGGAGGCCAUGUCACUGGUGAGAGGAAGUCCCAUAUGGCACCUGUGUCCAGGGUGAGCUGAGGGAACCGUGCACUGGGGAUCACAGCAGACCCACUGAACAGGCACCCUCCUCCCCAGGAUGUGGCGGGGUCUUCCCUCUGGCAUGCGUGUGCUCUGUUAUUCAUCUCUACUUGGCACAAGAACAGUUCUGCAGCCAGGGGAGACUUCUGCACAAAGAGGAGGAAAAGGAACACCUCAAACAUGAUGAGAUGUGGGAGCUUACAGUGAAAAAAGGCAUCACGGUGAAAUGAUGUAACGGAUGCCCCAGUGGGUAUGGGAUGUGAAAGUGUGGUGUUGUGGUGAAAUGGAGGAAGGCCCAACUGGCUCGGCUCACCCUGGCAUUUGGAAUUACAGAAUAAACAUGUGGGUGGUUACCCAGAAGAUAUAGAUAAUGAAGUUCGCAGCCAGAGCAAAAUAAAAGUCAGUGUUACAGGAACCCUGGAGGCCCGGCAGAGCUGACGGAUUUGAGUUUGGGGGGCUUCUGAGCAGAUCACGGUGAGGUGCGCACCCUGUAUAAAGUGUAGGGUCCUGGGGCCAGUGAUGGGGAAAGCAUGGAGGUUUUUGUAGUGCUAUCACACGCGAACGCAGAUUUGUAAUGAUCUUUUGCACCUAAGUUACAGGGACAUUUGAGAGUUUUCUAGCUCUUACAGUGACAGAGCUAAGAAUCCAGGUGUUAGGAAGUCUGUGGCUCUUGAUGGAUUUUCUAAGAAACCUGAAUCAAUAGCAAUAUAUGUGAGGGAAGGAAGGCUUUAAAGAGAAAAUUGUGCUUCAUUCCUUGCAUGGUUUCAAAUAAGUAUCUAUUUUAUGCAUUUAUUUCUGAUUAGGUGGGACGGUUGGCUCAGAACUGUUCUGUACCCUUCCAUGAUAUCCUGACCUAGGUGGUCAUGCCUGGCCCCCAGUUGAUCUUCAUUCAUGUCUCCAGUUGCUGGGGGGUGGGGGAGGUGUGUUGUUUUUUUGGAGAUGUUGAUUCCGAUCUUGACUUUGGCUGCACAGCAUCAGAGGAGCCCGUGAACCUCUCUGUGCCUUAGUUUCUUAUCUCAUGGAGGAGCUUGUUGCCUGACCCAGAGACUACCUCAAGGGCAUUUAAUGAGGACACAAGAGAUUAGGAAGGCUGGAGAACCUCUAGUAUCCAGGUUCUCAAUGCUGACUAUUUGCUGGAAUCACUCGGGAAGCUUUUAAAGAAUGUUGGUGUCCACACCUUCCCCCUCCCCCACACCUGACCCAUUAGGUCAGAACCUCAGGCAUCAGCAUGCUUUGAGAUGCCUUGAACCACUGCUUGAGAAGGAAGGACAAACACAUCAUUACCUUGGAUGAAUCGGAUAAGGUUUAGGGCUUUUAAAAAAAUUCCUUUUGGAAGGCCAGGCAUUUCUUUAUGAAUGACCAGAUGCCGACGUGAUACAGUGAGUGCCGUCCAAGCAGGUUUUAUUUUUGCUCCCCGUCACAGCCUUUGGAAACUCAGCUGUGCUUUCAUCUACUUAAACAGUUUGUGAAGCUUUGUCAGCAAAUGUAAACAGACAUGAAUUUCUAAAUCUGCUAAAUAUGUGUUAAGGUUAUAAAUGAAUUAUUGAGAGAAAAACCCCUUCCCUCCCUCUGGACUCCCGUGGUAACUAUAAACUCUGCUUCCCCAGAACGUGGAAGUGCCUCAGUGUCUGUCCGAUGUAGUGGAGCAGGUGCUGGUGGACUUACCAGCUGAGCCUCGGGGUGAUCACCCCAGACUUGGAAACGGACGGGAUCCGUAGAACCCACAAGCAGCAGUGAUGCUACAAAGGGUGUUUCCAUUAAGAGUUGAGGUUGUGUCAAGCAGGCGUGCAUCCAGCCCUGCUGUGGGUGGUGGGGACUCUGCUAGAGAAGACUAGGCACCCGAGGGGUCCCCGCAGCACAUGGAUGCUGCAGAGAAAACGGUCUCUGAUCCUGGACACAGAAUCUAUACCUAAGAGGAAAUGACUUCUGAAACAAGGCGAUUUUGUGAAUGUUUUAAAUGCCUGGAGCAUUAAAGGAAUCAUAUUUCAA